AUGCCGACUUAUGCAAAAUUCAUGAAGGAGAUUCUCACAAAGAAGAGACAAAUUACCGUUGACGAAACAAUCCAUCUUGACGCAAGCUGUAGUGCAAUCAUACAACGGACCCUUCCCCAAAAAGAAAAAGAUCCUGGACGAGUAACAUUACCAGUAACAAUUGGAUACGUAAAUGUUGGAAAGGCAUUGAUCGAUCUUGGAUCAAGCAUCAACCUCAUUCCACUCUCCGUGAUAAAAAGAAUAGGUGAUCUGGACAUGAAGAAUACAAGGAUGACGUUGCAGCUGGCCUAUAAAUCAGUCACAAAACCAUCCGGCAUUGCUGAAGAUGUUUUGGUCAAUAUAGACAAAUUCCUCUUUCCAAUUGAUUUUGUUGUUAUGGACAUCGAAGAGGAUGAUGAUGUGCCACUUAUUUUGGGGUGUCCUUUCAUGAAAACCGCUCGUAUGAUGAUCGACAUUGAAGAUAGGUAG